UGCUCCGCGGUCGCGGGCGGCCCCGCCGGGAGGGGUGAGCGGAGGGAGGCGGGGCGGGAAGGCAGAGGUGUCUCCUCCACCCGAGCGGCGGGAGACCCGAGCAAGCCCGGUGACAGCUCGUCGGCCGCCAUGUCAGCGAGAGGGGCUGGAAACAGCCCCGGCGCCCAGCGGUAGACCCCCCCGUUUCGCCUCUAAUUCCCAGAUAUGGAAGGACUUUGAUGAAACUUACAUGACUCCACAAAAGAUGCUCUAAUGGAUGACAGUGAGCUGCCUGCAGGUGAACUUCAGAUAGAACCACAAGAUGGGUGUCAUCCCGGUGGCAGCGUGGGAAGUGUAGGGUCACGCCUGCCUUCUGCGUCCGAUGAGAAUGAAAAUCAGCUCGACGGCUGUGGGCAGGACCGCCUGACCCGCAGUGACGGUGCCAUGGGCAAACCCGCAGCGACGGAGCAGGACAGUCUCAACAACAAUGCGGGCUGCACCCCCCUCUGUGAGGCGGCCGCAGGUGAGACCUCAGGAAACACGGCUUGGGAAGGCCCCGGAGAUGGGCAGGACUGCUUGGGAAAGGACAGAACAACGCCUGGAAAGAGAAGCUCAAGUACCAAGACAGGCCCGGCGAGGAAGAUCCCACCAGGACGUUCCUCGGGAGAUGCCGCACCGUUACUGCGAGAAGAGGUGCGGAGUGCAGCCACCCGUGCUGACGGUGAGGAGGAGUCCGCCGAAGGAAACGCUCACGACCAACCGGAAGCCCCGGCGCUCGCUUUGCAGUCUCUGUUCUCACUGAUCCGAGGUGAAGUGGAGCAGUUGGACUCGCGAGCACUUCCCCUUUGCCUCCAUCAGAUAGCGGAGUCCUAUUUCCAGGAGGAGGACUAUGAGAAAGCAAUGAAAUUCAUUCAGCUUGAACGACUGUAUCAUGAGCAAUUGCUUGCAAAUCUUUCUGCUAUUCAAGAACAAUGGGAAACAAAAUGGAAAACUGUACAGCCACGUGCAGUCACGUCUCCAAGGAAUUCAGAGAAGGGAUUUAAUGGUGAAGAUUUUGAACGGCUUACCAAAUUUUGCGCAACACAUCAAGAUCCUCUUUCGUCCACAUACAAGACGGCAGCUGCGGAGACGGCCCUGGGGAGGGAGCGCGUGGCCGAGGCGGCGGUGUCUGCGGGUCCCCAGGGAAGCGGAGCGGCAGCCCCGGCGCCGGAGAGUGGAGCUGGGCCUGGCAUGGAGCCGAGUGGAGAGAGCCAGCAGAGGGAGGAGGCCCCGGGGAGCGGGCCCUGCGGCGGCCAGCACCGCACCGAGGAGCCGCUGCGCAGCGCCGCCGCCCCGGAGCUCCCGGCCCAGCCCGCCCAGCCCGCCGGCGCGGCCGGGCCCCUCUGUCCCCAGAGCGCCGGGGAGGCCGGCGAGGACAGCAGCCGCCCGCAGCCGGCUCCCCCGGAGGCCCGCGGAGCUGCGGCCGAGGUCGAGGUGCCCCCUUGCAGCGGGGCAGUGACGGCGCCCCCGGCGUCAGCGGGCUCCGAGCAGACAGCCCCUGCCCCGGAGGCUCCCUGCGCACCGGGGGCUCCCUCCGCACCGGCCCCCCCCAGGAAGGAGCUCCAGUUGCCGCUGGCGGACGCUUCCGAGGCGUGGCCCGCAGACCCACCCGCGCCCCGGGAACUGAAGGAGCCGCGGCAGCCCGACCCCGCGGGCAGGGAUGGGGCGUCACCGCGGGGGCCGGCUGCCCCCCAGCGCCCUGCCAGGGGCCCCGGCGAGGAUGCGCCGGCGGCUGAGCGGAGGGCAGGGCUUCCGGAGGGGCGCAGGGCCCCCGAGGGGCGGGGCGGCCCGGACCACCGCGUCAGCCGGGAGGCGGAGGACUACCUGAGCCGCCUGCUGGAGGGGUGCCUCCGGGGCGCGGAGGAGGAGGAGGAGGAGGAGGACCCGGACCUCCCGGACCUGUCCCCCGACGAGGCCUCCUACAGCCUCCAGGACGACCUGCCCUCCGACGGCAGCCUGUCCCCCGACGACCUGGCGCGGAGGAUCGAGAUCGCGGAGGUUGUUCCUGCUGCAGGACUGGUCUCCAUAUUAAAGAAGAGGAAUGACGCUGUAGGAGACCACCCUGCCCAGAUGCAGCAGAAACCGUCCAAGCGGAGAGUGAGGUUCCAGGAAAUAGACGAUAACUUGGACCAGGAUGAGGCUGGCAGUGGCUCCUGCCUUUUGCUGGUCUUGCUGUGCAUAGCAACGGUUCUCCUCAGUGUCGGAGGGACCGCGCUGUACUGCGCUUUUGGGGACCUGGAGUCCCCCGUGUGCACGGACUUCGCCCACAACGUGGACUUCUAUUACACGAAGCUGCUGCAGGGGAUGGCGGGGCUGAAGCACUGGGUGUACCUCUCCUAGCGCACCAGCUGCGAGGACCAGAGGGACGCUUUCUCGAAGGCUUCUAUUUGGGGAGUUGUGGAAGGCGCGCCCCCUUCCCCCGGCGGCGAGGAGCCGCAGCAACAGCAGCUUCCAAAGGCGAUCCAGAGGGGCUCGGAACCAUCCCCGCAGGAAGCAGAGGUGGACUGCGCAGCGUGGGUGCGAGGGAUGCCUGCGGGAGCAUGCCAGGCCCUGCUCUGGCCUCCGCAGCGGCUGCCCUGAGCCCAGUUAAACAGGGAAGGGUCACAGCCACAUGGCGUCAACUGUCUCGUCGAGCUAACCCUUCGAGGACACUGGUUUCCACCAGUUGGCCCAAAGACAUUGCUUCCGGCCAUCGCGCAAUAAGUGUGGGUGUGAUCAGAAGGAGUCGCCUUCGGUGUCCUGUCUGUUCAGCUAGCCUGGAGCGCUGCGGGCUUUGUGCGUCAUUUCUGUUUGUGAGAACAUUCUGUUCUCCGUUUGUGAAACGGUGGUGUGGACGUGCGUGUCUGCGUGGGUGCGUGCAUGUGUUUCCGUUCAUCAGAAGCAAAUAACCCAGCGCACAACAACAAAAAAUGCCCUUUAUUCUUCUAACGACUAUAGAUGUGCAGGCACAACUCUUCAGAGCAGGUUUAACUGUGGAACAGAGCGGCUGUAGGGAUCUUGGCCCUGAAAUGAGAAACGGUGACAGAUCUGCGACAAUUAACUUGAUUAACAAGCCGGGAAUUAAUUACAGACCUGGAGGUGAAAUUAAAGAGCUCCCUCUGAGUCUCAGGCAAGCAGUUUGAUCAUGGAUUCGACGCCUCGUGGAGUGUGAUGACCGCGGGACUCAAUCCAGCAAACACUUAUUGAGCACUUACCAGGUUCUGAGUCUUUAGAACUAAAAUGCAAAGAUAAUGAGAUACCAGUUCCUGCUCUGGAUGUUUUCAUCCUGGCCUUACGUUAAAAAAAAAAAAAAAUACUUCGGCAAAUGAAAUGAAAUCACCACAUAACGCAGUGUUACCAGGUCAUGCAUUCCGAGGUUUGAAUGUACAUUCAUGUCACAGGCUCGAUUUAGUCCUUUUAUGGGGUCAUUAAGCAAAAAUUCCAUCAUGUCUUAACUAAGCCAAUGUCUGAAUUUUGUUUAAAUCUGUCGGUUACGUGGCAUUUCCUUUUCUAAGGUCUGUCAUUUACGAAGCCUCGCUGUGGCUUUUUAUAACAUAGGCAGCAUUUUAAAAGAAACAGAACAUGAAUUAUAGUUUUUUAGCGAGUGAUCAUUGCUUCAUGUUUGUUUUCCUGUCAGAAUCACGUGAAAGAAAAAGGGAGAAGUUACUUCCUGGUUGUUACUGGCUGGUACAGUACCCCUCCGUGUUCUGCUUAUUUAUUUAGAUGAUGUGAGUUUCGAAGGGCUUUUUAUAUGUGUUGAAAGUGUGUUUUUGAGCAUGCCUUCGGUUUUCCCAAUGUAGAUAUUUAAUUACUGUGUACUUAGUAUUUCGAUUUCCUAUCAAUUCAGUUUCUCAUGUUUUUAAGCUUAUUUUUAAACUGAUGUUAGAUUUUCACUCAUAAUACUGUUUGACUUGUCUCAUGUCACCAUAAACUGUAAUAUUUUCAAGGA